GCGAAGUGAGGUCACACGACAUCGUCGUUUUACAUGAUUCGCGCUAGCGAUAUGGUCGCUCUUCGCGAAGCGUCGUGCGUCUCAUCUCGCAUCGCUUACUCCGAUUUCGACGGCAUCUGAAUUUUAAACGCGAUUUUUUUCAUGAGUUUGUAGCGGUGAAGUUUUCUCGUGUGUCGUAGUGCAUAUCUUUGAAAUUCGGUUUAUCGCGUUCGGUGCUUCCUGGCGAAAAGUCAAUGCGUGCAUCUUUCUCCAGGCAAUCGCAACGUGUUUUCGAUCAAUCCCUCGUCUUUUCGACAAAUUGCUCUUGAUUCUCAAGGAUUGGUGAUAAUUCUGGAGCAACUGGGCGUCACUUGGAAAAAUUGUGCAUUUUUGACAAUGUGUGUUGAGUAGAUAUAUAUUACGUCGCUGUCAGAAGAGCAGGAGUUUGUUAAAUUUGGGGUUAGAAUUGGAGAUCAUUUUCUGACAUUAAAAAGUUUUUUUACUUGUGGAUUGGAAGAGAGAGACAUAAUCAUUGAAGUCACAAGAAGAUCUGAAUAUUUUAAAGUUCCAAAGUCCAGGAUUUCAGAAAUAUUGAAAGUUUAAGUUUUAAUUAUCUGAAAGUUCAAAGUUAACAUAUCUAACUUAUCAAGAUUUAAAUCAUUAAACAUAUCAGGAUUUAAAGGUCCGAAAUACAGUUAAUUCUGCUAAAGGUUUAAAGUCAGAGUCAAAACUCUCAAUAAUGCCCCAAUUUCGAGAAUGGAAAAUUUGGACAUUUAAAAUUCGAAAGAAUCGGCAAUUGUAAUACUUUAGGAUCUAAUCUGAAGAAAGUAAUUAUCCGAUUAUCUAAAGUGGAAUUUGAGGCAUUCCAGAAGAGAGAGAGAGAGAGAGUCGUGAAACAUUCCAGAAAUUCAAAGAUGAAACAUUCGGUGAUCUAAACAAUAAAAAAUUUGAUAUUUGGGUGUUCGGAUUUUACAGUCAUCGAAAAAUCCACUUAUUUCGUGAGCUUAAUCAAAAGUAGAACAUUUCGCUGGUUCAGCAUCCACGCAUUCUCGCAAAAGGCGCUUACUAUCGUAAGCGAAAGUGAACGGAGAGGAGGCUACAACACGAUCGAGAGUGAAACGGGUCUCCGCGCGGAUAGGUGUUCGUUUGUGGACGAGGUAAAACGAGCCGUUCAUAUCAUCCAGCAUCCGGGCGGCUACUUUUCGCGUUAACAACGACGGGCAAGUGACACUUUGAUAUCUUGAUUCCCCGAUGCCUAGAUCAACCCGUGGACGCUUGUAGAUCAGGCAAUCACGUCGAUCUCUCGUUGAAAGACGGAUAGGGCGAUCACGGUGGGACUGAUCGUUGAAGGAGCGAUAAAACAUGUCGAGGCUGUUGAAAGGAGAGCCGACGGGCGGUUGUGUGAUUGGCUCGUGCGCGGAUCGGGGAUCGUAUUAGCCCGACUGGCAGUGACGCAUGUCGUAAGCCACGUGAGAGCGAUAGAGAACGACGCGGUGGACGUCACGCAGGAUCGGGAUUCACGGAGAGAGAGAAAGAGAGAGAGCGAGAGUGAAAGAAAGAAAGAGAUAGAGAGAGAGAGAGAAAGAGACUAAUCGGAGCAAGAAGCAGGCCCGGCGACAAGCCUCCUAUUUUGCCUACCGGAAGUCCCAUAUAUGCCCAUACACGCGCGUAAAACGCAUACAGCUUGCGAAGAAAUCGAAAUGGUGGAGCUGUGUGGCCAAGCUUCUUCGGCCAUGGGGGUGAUCGGCAUUGGCUCGAUGGUGUCCGCGGCGACGUCGUCGUCCUCUUCGUCGACUACCACGACCACAGGCGCCUCGUCCUCGGCGUCAGGACGCGCCGGCGUCCUCGAGACUCAAGUACGUGGUCAGUGGUAUCGCGUGUUCGUCUCCUUGGAAGACGAUUAUCUCAGUAUUUCGCUCGACGAGAGCUGCGAAACUGGCAAUAACGUCCUCAAUAAUGGCAAUAUCAAUAACAACAAUGUGGACAGUCUAAACGAUCCGGACGUGCCUGAUUCGGUCGCAAAUCAGAAGCGCGUCGUCCGCGUGGUCAAGAGCGAUAACAACGGUCUCGGAAUUUCGAUUAAAGGCGGCAAGGAGAACAAAAUGCCGAUUCUAAUCUCGAAGAUCUUCAAGGGCAUGGCGGCGGACGCCACGGAGCAGCUUUACGUCGGCGACGCUAUUUUAGCGGUGAACGGCGAGGAUCUACGCGAAGCCACGCACGACGAGGCGGUGAAGGCGCUGAAGAGAGCCGGCAAAGUCGUCGAGUUGGAAGUGAAGUACCUACGGGAAGUGACGCCGUACUUCAGGAAGGCUUCGAUCAUCCAGGAAGUGGGCUGGGAACUUCAGCGCGGUUUCCUCAGUGCGACGCCACCGCCGCCAAAGUCACCACCGCGGGCGGAUACUCGUUAUCUGCCAUUACAACUCUGCAGACUCACCAGGGCACAUCCCUCUUCCGAUCCCGAAGGACGCAUUCUAGAAUUACACUCACCCGACGGUGUCCACGAGUGCUGGUUGAGAGCCGCUGAUAAUACUGAGGCGAACGUCUGGUUCAACGCUUUACACUCGGCGUUGGCAGCCCUCACCUUGAAAGCAUUACGACUGGCCUCAGCACUUCCGGAUCCACAGCAGCUUCAGCACAUUGGCUGGCUUGCGAGGAGACAUUGUCUUCAGAAUGGACGGGCUAGUAGUGAGAGCAGCGAAGACGGAGCCGGAAGUAGCGCAAGCACAUCGCGGGGAGUCGGCAGCGGUGGCGGAUUCGGUCUCACUGGUGGAUGCACCGGCGGCUGGCGCAGUGUCUUCGGUGCAGUUUCAGGCCGGGAACUCAGAUUAUACGAAUGCGCGCCAUGGAGUCCGGAAGCUUGGGCUUCGCCGAGCAUUACUUGCCCACUUAUCGCGACACGACUGGUCUCCUCCCCGACACGACAGAACGAAGCAGCGAGCAGCAGCAGCGGUUCGAUUCAACACGGGGCGACGUUCGCGGUUCGGGUCGGCACGAUCGACGGCGUAGUCACACAUCAUUUACGAGCUGAAACACGAAGGGAUCUGGCGGCCUGGGCGCGAGCGAUCGUUCAGGGAUGUCACGCGGCCGCUCACUCCUUGCGGGAAUACACCGUUCGUUGCGUAUGGCAAGGCAAAGCCUGUCAGUUGGUCGUCAAUCAUGAAGAAGGAUUUGCGCUUUACGCUGCCGGCACGCGGGGAACUGCCGGGAACGGUGUGAGUCCUGGGUCACCGCCCACGCCGCUCUGGAGAAGAUCCUUCGACAAAUUGAAAAUGUCCGCAGACGACGGCGCGCGUCUUCUGUGGCUCGAUUUUGGAGGCGAAGACGGCGAAAUUGAGCUCGAUCUGGAGAGCUGUCCGAAACCGAUUGUGUUUGUUCUACACAAUUUUCUUUCGGCGAAGAUUCACCGGCUCGGUCUGAGCGCAUAGGGGCACGAGGGGGCCCUCACGGAGGCCCCCGAUCUACCCCCGCACACCACCAGGUCCGUUACCAGCGUCUUUCUUCACUGAACCAGAAAGAAUCACGGCGCGAAAGAGAAACGGGGUCUUCUCUCUCCGAGAAUUCGACAGUAACGAGACUUGAUGAGGCAUGAAACAUUCUAAUGGAUAAGAGACUGCAAGGAUAGUCCUUGUCAAAGGUUCCACGUCGCGUGCAGCGUUCCGUUCCGGAGCUUUGAAAUGUAUAGAAAAAGAAUGGUUUGAAAUGAAGAGGAGUAAUGAGCGGGACGAUGGAGAAGAGAGAGUUUGAGAAUAACUAAAGGUAGGAUGAAUAAUUUAAGGAUAACGGCCCGAGGAUAUUUUAUAAUUGGAAGAUUUUAUGAAUUAAUCUACCAAUUUUGAACGUUUUCUAAAUAUUAUAUUGUCCUUUCCUCUUUUUAAUAUUCCAAAAUAUGAAAGUGUAAAAUUGCAAGAAUGGAUUAUUACAUUCGAACAGCACUAAUUAUCGAUAUUUUAAUAUUUAUGAAUUUAAAGAUUUUUUAAGGAUAGUUUUAAAAAUCUUACAAAUGGAGAUUUUGAAAUUUUUAAUUUCAUUUUUGGCACUCCACGUAUCGAGGAUUCUCUAGGAUUCAAAUACCUACAAUUCACAAAAACAUCGAUAAUCAAAGAAAUUUAAGAUCCUAAAAAUUCUAACGGCCUAGUUCUACUUUGCCAAUAUCCAUACAUCCUAAAAUUCUCGGACUCGGUCCAAAGAUCCGAGUAUCUCGUCGGAUAGAUGUGAACAAGGUGAAAAUAAGACUGUAUAAGUUUGAUAAUCAGUGUAGAAUCUUGAAGAGAAACUCGAUUGCGAUAAAUCGACUCGAAACGGUUGUUAAAAAUUGGACGGCAAUCCACUUUGUUCUUCUUCAACCAUAAUCGAUACGAAGCCAUCCACGAGACGAUAUAUCGAAGAAAGUACGACAUGUGACAAGAACGGGGUGGCGGAGAGGUGAAAAGGAACACCCACGCCGCUAAUCAACGCGCCUAAGUAACUAAUUAAUUAACUACUUACCUAACCUUAAGUAAGACUAAUCGCAAAGAACUGACUCGGCAGAUUAUCGAUAAAUAUUCACUGAUUCAGAGUGUCGAAUGUCGAAUUGCGAUUAAUGUAACGAGCAUGGAAAUCAGAUGGGUGCGAUUGUUUAAACGAUAACUUUUUAAUUUUUAAUAACCAUGGCACAUUGAUGUAUUUUGGCUUUUAAAUAUAAUUGGAUUAAUCUGAAUUUUAGGAAAUAAUAGCGCAAUCGUGCAAACGUAUCCUGAUAAUUGUUGAGUAAAAUGUAUUUCCAAUUUCCAGAGAAAACAUUUUAUUGAAAUAAAUUUUGUUCCAAUAUUGGUUUUUACUAAAAAUCAUUUGCUUAAUAAAAUUUCCGAAAUAAAUAUUUUAUGGUAAAUGAUAUUGAAUAUCAUUUGAGCUAAUGCUAUAAUUUUAUAAU